UGAGGAGUUCAUCGCUGCCCUUGUCCCGGAGGUAAUCCUGUGUACCAAGGAGGUGUCGGUGGGUGCUCGGAAGAAUGCUUUUGCCCUGCUGGUGGAGAUGGGCCAUGCUUUCCUCCGGUUUGGCCCAAACAAAGAAGAGGCCCUGCAACGCUACCUCGUCCUGGUGUACCCUGGCCUUGUGGGCGCUGUGACCAUGGUCAGUUGCAGCAUCCUGGCCCUGACCCACCUCCUGUUUGAGUUUAAAGGUCUCAUGGGAACCAACACAGUAGAGCAGCUGCUGGAGAAUGUGUGCCUGCUCCUGGCUUCCCGUACCCGUGAUGUGGUCAAAUCGGCGCUGGGCUUCAUCAAGGUAGCAGUAGUUGUCAUGGAUGUGGCACACCUGGCCAAGCAUGUGCAGCUGGUGGUAAGUGGCCCCCUGGCCCCGGCGGGUGGCAACAUGGCCUCUGGCCUGCCAGCAUGGACCCAUGAGCACUGAGGCCAGCAGGUUCCAAACAUUUGUCUAGCUGUACGCUGUCUUGUCUCACAGAAGGUCAUGCAGGAGCUCUGGAAAGGACCGGUAGGGUAAUGCCCACGCGGUGGGGGUGAGGAAGGUGCGUGGUGCCCAGGCUGCCUCUUGUGACCCCUCUUCCCCUCCACAGAAGCAAGGGCUCUGCGGGGCAAGGGUCCGUGGGCAGGGCCACCCUUUGUUUUACAGAUGGAGAAACAGGCCAGAGAUUUCCCCAGGUCACAGUGUUGGUGAGAGCAGUCCUGGGACCAGAACCCAAAGCUCAGGACUGACCCUGGGGGCUCUCCCCCAGCAGGGCCACAUCUUGCUUUCUUUUUCCCCUCUUGCAUUUUGACCUUCUGGGCUUGAGGAAGCGCCUCUGGACACCCCUGCUGGGCUGCAGAAGGGCCUGAAGAGCCCUCAGCUGGGCACAGGGUGUGUCGCCUGCUGGGUCUGUCCUCCAGACUGUCUGCCCGCCACCUCCACUGUAUCGGUUUUUCACUUCCAGCUGGGUUGGGUCACAUCAGACCUCUGGGUCCCUCUUGCCUUUUGUCUUCGUAUCUGGGCUUGGGUCAAGGUACCUUGCCUGUGCCCUCCCCGGCCUGCAGCCCAGCUGGGGACCAAAGAUCCAAAGAUGAGAAGCGCUAGAGGAGUAGUCUGUCCUAGGGGUCCAAGAAUUGAUAAGACCUUUCUUUCCCUCCCCUCCCCUCCCCUCCCCUCCCCUCCCCUCUCC